CAGCGCUUAACUACGGAGAGGAAGAAAAAGUAGGACGUUGAGGUUAGAGUAAUUUUGGCAAAGCUUUAGUUGCGAAAUUUAUUUACAAAAACCAUAUAACAACCUCGUAUUUGAAGUGGAUAUUAGCUGUCUUCCUUGUUUAUGUGUGUAUUACGUUUGCAUUAUCCUCUUGGAGAUACGGUUUUGUUGAUAUCAUAGCUACGACUAGCUUGGUGUUUUGGUAGCAGCACAUUGUGCUUUAUCAGUUGCCAAUAACAAGUCACUAGCUAGAUAGCAGCUUGCUAGCAAUGAACGACACUUUGGCCCUUCUACAGAAAUUCAAUGCGCAUCCAGAUUCCCGCUGUUGGUAUGUUGCAUGGAACCCUAAAGGCACAUUGCUGGCAUCAUGCGGUGGUGACCGAGCCAUUCGGAUAUGGGGAAGGGAAGGUAAAUAUGCCAAAUCCACUGUGUGAAAUGAACCUUAUCAGCAGCAUGUGCCCGCGGAAACCCAAAAAAAUUUAUAAGGGUGCAAUUUGGGGCGUUCCUGCAUGUGGCCAUUCCUGCAUCUGCAGGCACCUCUCUUUAUACUUCUAUUGGUCAAUUUUUGAAGAUGCAAAAUGACUAAGGUCGACGAUGGAUUGAUUGGGCUACAUUGAUGCGCGUCACAUGAAAACAAACAUGUCUGAAUACAGUGUUUGAUGGUCUACAUAACGAAGAAAUCAGUACAAUUUAUCGUAUUGGACGUGGAGGAAAUUGGAAGAGUAGGGGGAGUCGGAGGAGAAAUGUCGUCCCUAGACAAGGCAAGAACUACAUGUAUGUCAGGAAAAGUGCAGUACAGUCGUGGUCAAAAGUUUUGAGAAUGACACAUAUUAAUUUUCACAAAGUCUGCUGCCUCAGUUUUUAUGAUGGCAAUUUGCAUAUACUCCAGAAUGUUAUAUAGAGUGAUCAGAUGAAUUGCAAUUAAUUGCAAAGUCCCUCUUUGCCAUGAAAAUGAACUUAAUCCCCAAAAAAAAACAUUUCCACUGCAUUUCAGCCCUGCCACAAAAGGACCAGCUGACAUAAUGUCAGUGAUUCUCUCGUUAACACAGGUGAGUGUUGACGAGGACAAGGCUGGAGAUCACUCUGUUAUGCUGAUUGAGUUAGAAUAACAGACUGGAUGCUUUAAAAGGAGAGUGGUGCUUGAAAUCAUUGUUCUUCCUCUGUUAACCAUGGUUACCUGCAAGGAAAAACGUGCCGUCAUCAUUGCUUUGCACAAAAAGGGCUUUACAGGCAAGGAUAUUGCUGCUAGUAAGAUUGCAGCUAAAUCAACCAUUUAACUGAUCAUCAAGAACUUCAAGGAGAGAGGUUAAAUUGUUGUGAAGAAGGCUUCAGGGCACCAAAGAAAGUCCAGCAAGCGCCAGGACCGUCUCCUAAAGUUGAUUCAGCUGCGGGAUCGGGGCACCACCAAUGCUGAGCUUGCUCAGGAAUGGCAGCAGGCAGGUGUGAGUGCAUCUACACGCACAGUGAGGCAAAGACUUUUGGAGGAUGGCCUGGUGUCAAGAAGGGCAGCGAGGAAGCCACUUCUCUCCAGGAAAAACAUCAGGGACAGACUGAUAUUCUGCAAAAGGUUCAGGGAUUGGACUGCUGAGGACUGGGGUAAAGUAAUUUUCUCUGAUGAAUCCCCUUUCCGGUUGUUUGGGGCAUCCGGAAAAAAGCUUGUCCGGAGAAGACAAGGUGAGCGCUACCAUCAGUCCUGUGUCAUGCCAACAGUAAAGCAUCCUGAGACCAUUCAUGUGUGGGGUUGCUUCUCAGCCAAGGGAGUGGGCUCACUCACAAUUUUGCUUAUGAACACAGCCAUAAAGAAUGGUACCAACACAUCCUCCGAGAGCAACUUCUCCCAACCAUCCAAGAACAGUUUGGUGACGAACAAUGCCUUUUCCAGCAUGAUAGAGCACCUUGCCAUAAGGCAAAAACUCCAAGCAUUGAUUAUGCAAGAAUGGGCUGCCAUCAGUCAGGAUGUGGCCCAGAAGUUAAUUGACAGCAUGCCAGGGCGGAUUGCAGAGGUCUUGAAAAAGAAGGGUCAACACUGCAAAUAUUGACUCUUUGCAUAAACUUAAUGUAAUUGUCAAUAAAAGCAUUUGACACUUAUGGAAUGCUUGUAAUUAUACUUCAGUAUACCAUAGUAACAUCUGACAAAAAUAUCUAAAAACAUUGAAGCAGCAAACUUUGUGAAGACCAAUACUUGUGUCAUUCUCAAAAGUUUUGACCACGACUGUACUAUCAUGAUGAGGAGAGUUAUACUUGGAAUACGGAGGAGGAAUGGAGGGGAAAAUGAGAGGCAGAGGAGGUCUAAGAGCGAGAGGGAGGAAAAGGGUGAGCUUGAGUCAGUUAAAAAUGGCAGAAUAAAGGGAGAUGGUUUGUUAAAGAAGAAUGGUAGAAUGUGUAAACAGUGAGUUGAAGACAGGAGGAGAAAUGCAAGUGAAUGAGGGCGACGUAUCGGAGAUGGUAGGUGUGGUGAAGCUCUCGGAGCCCUCGGUUUGCACCGAGGGUCAGGAUAAAGAUGAGUCUGUAACAGUAGGAGUGAAGUUUUUGGAAAAAGUGGACCCUUGCCUUUUGGCUGAUCCAUUUGUGGUUUCAGGGUGGGUGAAAACAGAGUUGGGUGCUGUGAAAUCGGUGAGGGUAACCAGAAGUGGUCUUGUGAUAAUUGUUUGUGUUUCUGCUGGUCAGAGGGAGCAGGCGCUCUGUGUUAAACGAAUGGGGGCAAGAGAUGUGAAUUGUUUUUGCUCUCAAGAAAAAUGUGCCAUUGAAAGGCGUGAUUACUGGGGUAGCGGUAAAUGUGAAAGCUGACCAACUGAAGGGGAAGAUUCCCGGUGUUUGUGAUGCUCGUUGUUUGGUGCGACGCAGACAGGCUGGCAUGAGUGGAGACACAGAAGAGUCAUUGUUUGUUCUUUUGAGUUUUGUUGUUGAGUCUCUGCCCGACAAAGUGAUGUUAGGAUAUAUAAGUUAUCCGGUACAAGCUUUUGUGCCGAAUACAUUACGUUGUUUCAGGUGUCAAGCUUAUGGGCAUGUGGCAGCAGUGUGUAGGAGGGAGCUGUGAGAAGUGUGCAGAAGGGUAUGAGACAAAGGAAUGUGUAGCAUUGGGAAAAGUAGUGGUAUUUGUUAAUUGUAGGGGUGCCCAUGGGGCUGGGGAUCCGAAAUGUCCGGUGCGAGAGAGGCAGGUUGAGGUUUCCAGGGUUAGAAUAGUGCAGAAGUUGUCAUAUGCUGAGGCAGUGAAGAAAGUAGAGGAAGAUGGUCAAGGGGGAGGGAUCCUGAGAGGAAUGGUGUGAGUAGUAGAGAUGUACUAGUACAGAGGGAUAAACCAACAAGUGAUAUAUAUUUCAGUAAGAUUUGAUUUUUGGUUAUCAACUGUACUGUAGGGAUGGAACGUACGUCGCAGAAAAUAGAGGUUGUGGUGGCAGCUGCAGAGAGGUAUUUGGGUGUGCGAGACUUAACAUCAGAAGAGUUACAGGGUGUGUUAUGUGGUGGUGUCCCAUCCCUUCAUUGGCCUGAAGUAGGAAUAAAUAUAUUUAAAUAGUGGAGUAUGGUAGUUAUUAUUAUUAUUAUUAUUAUUAUUAUUAUUAUUAUUGUUUUUAAAGCAAAGUAUAAGGGAGUUAUACUCCAGUCUAGUAGGUGGCAGUAACGCAACAUUUAUUGGCUGUCAACCGCCGUUAAACCUUCCCAAAGAAGAAGAAGACGCACAAUGCAGAAAUCGUUCCGCCAUUUCCUGGUUGCUAAAAUUCUAAUAGUUCGCCUAAUUGAAGUUUGUGAAAAACAAGCAGUCAUUGUGUAGAGAGUCAUUGUACCAUCUAAACCUCUUUGAAAUAUAUAUUUACAUAACCAAAAAUAUAGUAUUUUCAACUGUUUGAAGCUGGUAUACAAAACCAAAAGUAAAAGAUGCAAAAACGAAACUUAAGCACGGGAUGCAUAGAAAUAGCGCCCAUUUAACAAAUCUACCGCUUCUUAGACUUGCUUUCAAUGAGAAUGAAAGAUCUAUAACUCACAUUUCUAUGUGAAUUUGGUCGGGUCGAACAAAAAGUUACAUUCUAGCUUUAAGUUAGGGACAGGCGGGAGGCCAGGGCCCUCCAGUACAGUAGAUGGCAUUAAUGCACAAUAAUGUUGAAUGCCAGCCGCUGAUUAACCCACAGAAGAAGGGGCGGGGGCAACAACAGUAUCUAGCUAGCCAUACACCAGUGGACAGUGUGCUAGCUUAGCUAUCUAGUCCUUAGGAAGACUGGUACACAGCAGGUUGGAGCAACAGUGUGCUAGCUAACUAGCAGGCUAGCUAGCACACGGAGCAACACAGUGUGCUAGCUAGCUAACUAACUAGCUAGCUAGCACAAGGUGUCACUAACUAUCAAACUAGCUAGUACACUAACCUCCAGUCUGCCUAAUGAAUUUAUUUAAAUUGAGUGAUUUCCUUAUAUGAACUGUAACUCAGUAAAAUCUUUGAAAUUGUUGCAUGUUGCCUUUAUAUUUUUGUUAGGUGUAGCUUACUGUGCACACUGUGUUGCUAACUAGCAAGCUACACUGAACAAAAAUAUACAUUUUUACAUUUUAGUCAUUUAGCAGACGCUCUUAUCCAGAGCGACUUACAGGAGCAAUUAGGUGCAACAUUUUCAAAUAUUUUACUGGGUUACAGUUCAUAUAAGGAAAUCAGUCAAUUGAAAUAACUUCACUAGGCCCUAAUUUAUGGAUUUCACAUGACUGGGAAUACAGAUAUGCAUUUGUUGGUCACAGAUGCCUUAAAAAAAGGUAGUGGCUUGGAUCAGAAAACCAGUUAGUAUCUGGUGUGAGCACCAUUUGCCUCAUGCGGCGAGACACAUCUCCUUCGCAUAGAGUUGAUCAGGCUUUUGGUGGCCUGUGGAAUGUUGUCCCACUCCUCUUCAAUGGCUGUGCGGAGUUGCUGGAUAUUGGUGGGAACUGAAACAUGCUGUCGAACCAGAGCAUCCCAAACCUGCUCAAUGGAUGACAUGUCUGGUGUGUAUGCAGGCCAUGGAAGAACUGGGACAUUUUCAGCUUCCAGGAAUUGUGUACAGAUCCUUGUGACAUGGGGCCGUGCAUUAUCAUGCUGAAACAUGAGGCGAUGGCGGCGGAUGAAUGGCACGACAAUGGGCCUCAGGAUUUCAUCACGGUAUCUCUGUGCAUUCAAAUUGCCAUGGAUAAAAUGCAAUUGUGUUUGCUGUAUGUAGCUUAUACCUGCCCAUACCAUAACCCCACCGCCAGCAAGGGGCACUCUGUUAACAACGUUGACAUCAGCAAACCGCUCGCCCACACGAGGCCAUACACGCUGUCUGCCAUCUGCCCGGUACAGUUGAAACCGGGAUUUAUCCGUGAAGAGCACACUUCUCCAGCGUGCCAGUGGCCAUCGAAAGUGAGCAUUUGCCCACUGAAGUCGGUUAUGACGCCGAGCUGCAGUCAGGUCAAACCAUGGUGAGGAGGACAAGCGCGCAGAUGAGCUUCCCUGACACAGUUUCUCAGGGAAGCUAGGUGAAGAAGCUGUAUGUGGAGGUCCUGGGCCUGCGUGGCUACACUUGGUUUGCAGUUGUGAGACCAGUUGGACGUACUGCCAAGUUCUCUAAAACGACGUUGGAGGUGGCUUAUGGUAGAUAAAUGAACAUUACAUUCUCUGGAAACCGCUCUGGUGGACAUUCCUGCAUGCCAAUUGCACGCUCUCUCAAAACUUGAUACAUCUGUAGCAUUGUGUUAUGUGACAAAACUGCACAUUUUAGAGUGGCCUUUUAUUGUGCCCAGCACAAGAUGCACCUGUGUAAUGAUCAUGCUGUUUAAUCAGCUUCUUGAUAUGCCACACCUGUCAGGUGGAUGGAUUAUUUUGGCAGAGGAGAAAUGCUCACUAACAGGGAUGUAAAGAAAUUUGUGCACAAGAUAUGAGAGAAAUACACUUUUUGUGCGUAUGGAAAUGUAUGUUGUUCAGUCUAGUUAGCACACAGUGUCGCCGGAAUUUCAUGCAGGAACCAAUGGGAUGCUCGAGGGGAUGCAGGAAUGCCCACAUGCAGGACCGCCCCAAAUUGCGGGUUGCAGUAGCACACUACUGGAAAAAAUGACCCCCAUUUGAUUAUCUGUGUAGGUGACUCUUGGGAAUGCAAGACCGUGCUCCAGGAUGGACACCAGAGAACUGUCAGAAAGGUGGCAUGGUCCCCAUGUGGGAACUACCUGGCCUCAGCCAGCUUUGAUGCCACAACCUGCAUCUGGAAAAAGAAGAAUGAUGAUUUUGAGGUGAGGGGACUGUUCUUCUCAACCUCCGACAAUGGUCUCUGUGAACAGCUUACUACUGUAUAUGCAUUUAUGACGAUGAUGGUAAGAUAUGGCCCUAAUUGAGAGCAUCACACUGUCUCUGUUUCUUUCAGUGCUUGACUGUGUUGGAAGGACAUGAGAAUGAGGUCAAAUGUGUGGCCUGGGCCCCAUCCGGUAACCUGCUGGCCACAUGUAGCAGAGACAAGAGCGUCUGGAUCUGGGAAGGUUAGUGCUGCAUCAAUAUAGAAAUACAAACUCAUUUUAUUCCUAUCACAUUACUUGUUUCACAUAACAUUCAACUGUUGUCUCUCAGUAUGUAGUUUUGAAUACUCUCUCACCAUCUCUUUCUGUCUUUCUCAGUGGAUGAGGAGGAUGAGUAUGAGUGUGUGAGUGUGGUAAACUCUCAUACACAGGAUGUUAAGCAUGUUGUCUGGCACCCAACACAGGAGGUACUGCCUACAUAUGCUGUUUCAUUCCUUAUACUAAUAGCAACAUUAUAUAAUCUCAUGACACCCCAUUGCUAUUGCAAGGCUUCUCUGGACUAAUCGUUUCAGUAUUCUGUGCUCUGCAUUCACUGUCUACCCCCACUAAAGCUAACUGAUGUUCUCUACGCAGCUCCUCGCCUCAUGUAGCUACGACAACAAUGUGUGUGUCUAUAAAGAAGAGGAUGAUGACUGGGAGUGCAGGGCGACCCUGGAAGGACACACCUCUACUGUCUGGGGUUUGACCUUUGACCCAAGUGGCCAGAGACUGGCCUCCUGCAGUGAUGACUGUACUGUGAAGAUCUGGAAAGAAUGUCAGCCUGGAGGUAGUCAGGGUGAGAAAGAUACACACAAUGCUCCAUAGAUGCAUAAAUGUAUAGAUGGUGUGGGGAAAAGGAAGGUAAGGAUAAAUCCCCCCCUUUUUUUCUUUACAGAAGUCACAGACACGGCUUGGAAAUGUGUUUGUACCCUUUCAGGGUUUCAUGGACGGACAGUGUAUGAUAUUGCAUGGUGAGCAUCCUCCUCUUUAUAUAAAUAUAUAUUUUAAUCACUUUACAUAUUUAAAAAUGCAGCCACAGAUCCACCAAGUCAGUACUCUUUUGUUGUUCUAAGGUGUCCGCUGACCGGUGCCCUGGCGACUGCAUGUGGUGAUGACGGAGUGCGUGUGUUUAAGGAGGAUGAGAAGGCUGACCCAGACCAGCCUGUUUUCUCCCUGUCUGCCCAUGUACCUAAGGCCCACACCCAGGAUGUCAACUGUAUCGCCUGGCACCCCAAGGAGGCUGGGCUCCUUGUCUCCUGCAGUGACAACGGGGAAAUAGCAGUCUGGAACUACCAGUCUGGAGUCUGAGAACAUGUACAGUAUGAUGGCCAGUUAGGACUUCCAGAUCCAGUGUUUAACAGUGUCGAAUUUACCUUGUACUGUCGAGGGUGGCAACAGCACUGAAAUUGUCAUGCAUGAUGUUUAUAUUAUUAAUUCCUCUUGCAAUAACCUGUUUUAAUGAGGUUAGAGUGGUUAUGAUUUUAUAUGAUACUGCUACAGGGCGGCAGAUAGCUUAGUGGUUAAGAGCGUUAUGCCAGUAACCGAAAGGUCGCUGGUUCUAAUCCCCGAGCCGACUAGGUGAAAAAUCUGCCGAUGUGCCCUUGAGCAAGGCACUUAACCCUAAUUGCUCCUGUAAGUCGCUCUGGAUAACAGCGUCUGCUAAAUGACUAAAAUGUAAAAUGUCUAACAUUCCUGCCUGUGCACUUGUUUUGUGCUU